AUGGGCCUUCAAUUUCCAGAAUCUGAAUAUAUACCAGUGGAUGAUCCACCUCUCUACCUUCUCAAUUGCAUAACUCUCAUCCUGAUGGAAUUACUACUACCUCAUCCUACUCUUCCUCGACAUUUCUCUUGGCUCAACCAUGUCAAGGACCCAGUUUACAUCUUGUCCAAUCCAAGUAUCUCUGCCUUCACCACCAAUGACCCCGAAACAUGGUUCUUGCCUCAAGAGUUACCAGAUGAUGAUGAUGCAGCAGCGGAUGAUGACAUGCAGGUGGACCCUGACAAUGCUGAUAGCCCAUUCGAGGCUAAAGACCAUUAUGAUCUCCCGAGCCACCAGUUGCCACCACCUUAUCCAGGUCGAGCCUCUGGGUCACACUCUCAACCCUCGGGAGAACACUUCCAGCCACAACAUGAUUACCACUCAUACCAACAACACAAUGAGACGACCCCGCACACAAGUUUCCUCUCGAUAUUUACAGCCAGCUUGCUUCCUUGCGCCUCCAGGGAAAUAGGAACACCGCAACCAUCCACCGUAUAG